GUUGUUGCUGAAGGCGGCGUGGUGCUGGGUCGGUUCCUUCCAGCGCGCGCGUGAGCCGAGUUCUAAAGAGACCUGCCCCCCCCCCACACUCCCGGCUUGAGGAAUGAGGAAUAUGAGCAAAGAGCCCUCUGGACCCCCCAACCGAUAUGCUUCUUGUGAAUGGUACUACCAUGUUCCACUGAAACGAUUAGAGAAGACCAUGAACUCAGAAAUCUCAAUUCCUCCACCAUCCCAGAUCCCAGGUCUGAGCAACCUUGGAGAACAUCACAAUGAAAUUACAUUUGGGAGCCGCAGGAAAUGGAUCAAAGACACAGACUCAGAAUACGUAAAGCUGGCAAAGCAAGGAGGCCGACCUGAUUUGUUGAAACAUUUUACACCUAGUACAAGAAAAACAUCCCCAGUAGCUUAUGCUGUACCUGACUGGUAUACACACCACAGUAAACCACUAACAGAUGAUGAAUCUAAAGCCCAAGUUUCCUCAAUGCCUGACUACAUGGUUCAUGAAGAGUUUAAGUCUGAUCAGCUCAAUGGUAACUAUGAAACAAAAAGAGGGCCUUUUGAUUUUGAUAUGAAAAGUAUUUGGCAGAGGGAUGCUGAGGACAAGGAGAACAAAGAGAAAAAGAAGGAAAAUGCUGUUCAAGUUGAGGUCCAUGUGGGCAACACAAAAGAGGUAAAGCUUCCUGCUAUAAACCCCAAAUACCCAAACAGAAUACCACCCUCUACUGCAAAUAAGGAAUUCCACGGGGGAAAUAGGCUUUAUUUUCCGCCUAUGCCUGGUCAGAAAAACAAUGAACCAAUAAACUUCAGCAAACUGAUUAGCAAUGGUUACAGGGAUGAUUGGAUUCAGCAGCGUAAUGAUUGGGAGAAAAAGAUUCAGCAAACCUCAAAAAAUAAUGAGCAGACUGAAGAAACUCUUCCUCCAAGUGAGUACCAGAAGAAAAUAGGAAAGAAGCAGAAAGCUAAAAAAUAUACGUUGUCAUUCAAAAGAAAAACUGUUGCAAAAAUAAAGGAUGAGCCCAGAUCUCAAUCUGGACCUGAAAUAAGUGCCCCGCCUAAGAAGUCACUCUUCAAACUCAACAUGUUCAGAGACAUCCCAGCCCGAAUUGACUCCAACAGACAAGUAAAAGCUGCAGCUUCAGAGAUGUAAUAAAGAUAUUAAUAUUUUAAAAAGAGCAUCAAGAACAGUAAAGCAUGAUAUAGCUUAUGAAACAGGCUCCUAUGUUUAUAGGUUGAUGUUUGUUAAUUACAAGUAUCUAACCAUUGUAGUUAAAUUCAUCCCUGGUGCAACUUCUUUACUUCAGUAGCUUUACACCAGAGAUGAAAUUGGUUCAGUGCUUCACUCCAGCAAGUUUUACAGUGUAGGCAAUAGCUACUGCAGUAUACAUCUAGGUCUGGUUUUAAUGUUAUGUCAGCAUACAAAAUUGAAACUUUUUUUUAUUAUCACUGGUUCCACCAGACUAUCUAUACUAUUCCCAUCAAUUUGCCUUUCAUUAAGGUUUCAUCCACAUACAAAUACCGUACCAAUAUAAUUAAAGUAGUACAAUCCCCCGCACUGUGGACACAGUUAUCUGUUAAAGGAAGGGGAAGUAUACUGAUGUAAACAUGUCUACACUAAAGAUUGGACUAAUAUAACUACUUAGAUUAAAAUCUCACACUCCCAACUGAAAAGUUAUACUGGU